CUUUUCUUCCACGACAACUAAUCCGGUAAGCCACGUAAACUCCAAUUCGUCUGCCUCAUCGGGUAAUAUUCAAACCUCCUCGGAGGACGAAAAUGGAACAGCGUCGAGAGAGCAGAAGAGCUGCUGCCCUACUGCGGUGUUGCCACCACUCCCGCAGCCCUGGAUGAUCGCCUUGGCCGCGGAAUACAAAACUAGUACCAGACAAGAAAAUUGUAACAGCAACGGGCGGCCGCUAGAUAAAGCGCAAGCGGUUUCUUGUUUGCAACGACCCCUAGAACAAGUUGAACACGGCGGAGCCCUUAUCUCUUUAAACCGGCAAAGCUUCGAGAACAUAAUCACG